CUUUCGUUACAUGCUCUCUCCCUAAAAAGCUUCUUGUAAUUGCAUGGCGAUUCGGGUUUCUUCCUCCCGAGAUUAGGGCACCAAUUCACUCUCGAUCGGAGACACUCCCCAGCUGGAGCAGAGAAGAUGUAAUUUCCAUCGGAAUUUGAAGCUCUGAUUUCGUUGGAGAAGGAGGAGACUCUUUACUGUAUCUUCUGUUCGCGGAGGUUUUGGGAUUUCUAGGGUUUGUUCUUAUUCGUUCGGUUACCAUUUCUAGGACGUUUGCGAAAUUUUCUAUUUCUCGGUCUGGGGUAGUAAUAUUGAGGCCAUGAAAGGUCAGUCUGAUAAGACGAAGGUGGUCGUGCGGCGCUUGCCGCCGACGAUUUCUCAAGCAGCGCUGAAGGAGCAAAUCGAUUCCGCAUUUGCUGGUCGCUACAGUUGGUUCGCGUUCCGCACCGGCAAGAGCAGUCAGAAGCAUCAAUCCUAUUCAAGAGCCUACAUUGACUUCAAAACACCAGAAGAUGUGAUUGAGUUUGCUGAGUUCUUUAAUGGCCAUAUGUUUGUUAAUGAAAAGGGUAAAUCUGGAGCAUUUUACUUUAAUGCAAUGAUUAGCAGGGAGACUCUUAGCCGGUGAUAAGAGUAGAAUAUGUGUGUGUUCCAAAUCUCUUAAUUGAUUAGUAUAUGUGGAAAAUCUCUGGAUAUGUGGAACAUUGUGGAAAACCGAAGUGAGAUUCGUGCUUCUCUUCUUUACAUUUUGAUGGAUAGAAUUGGCAGGACUUUUACACGGUAUAUAAUGACUGUACUAUACAAUUCCUUUUCAGGAACCCAGUUUAAAGCUGUCGUUGAGUACGCUCCCUCCCAGCGUGUUCCAAAGCAUUUAUCUAAAAAGGAUGGUCGUGAAGGCACAAUAUCAAAGGAUCCUGAGUACCUAGAAUUCCUUGAAGCUAUUUCAAAGCCUGUUGAGAACCUUCCUAGUGCUGAAAUUCAACUGGAAAGAAGAGAAGCUGAACGAGCUGGUGCUUCAAAAGAUGCUGUUAUUGUUACACCACUGAUGGACUUUGUCAGGCAAAAACGAGCUGCUAAGAAUGGUUCACGGAGAAUAUUGGCCAAUGGGAAACUUGGCAGAAGGGCUCUUGCAAGUGGAAGUCCUAGCUCAUCAUCAUCCAAACGAGGUUCUGACAAGAAAAGGACUUCAACAAUGUAUGUUUUAAGGGAUUCAAAGGAGGGUGCAAGUGGAAAAGAUAAAUCUACCUACACACUGGUUGCUAAGCGAGAUGAUCGUCAAUUAUCGGGCAAAGCUGUAACAUCUGCUUCUCGACCUGAUGGCUUGGAAGAUGGAAGUGCGAUUGCUGGAUUGACUGAUGGAGGGAAAAAGAAAAUCCUGCUUGUGAAAGGGAAAGAGAAGGAAAUUUCGUCUGUAUCAGGUGGUGCAGUAUCACAGCCAAAUGCAAUAUCAUUUGAAAAACAUGCUAUUGGUUCAUCUUCAGGCAAACAGAAUCACCGCCGUGAACCCAGUGGAAGAAUCAUUAGGACUAUACUGUUAAAAGAACCUCGUCAAUCUUCUGGUGCAUACUCUGAGCAGCAAAUCAAUUCACAUGUAGAAAGAGACAAGCGUCCUCCUCGUCCUCCUCAAGGGCAGUUGGUUUUGAAGGAUGCUAAUGGGACCCCAGAUGCCAGGGCUUCUAGGAACGACUCACCCUCUUUUCCUAGUGAAAAACAGCAUGAGAAGCGCACAAGAAAUAAGGAUAGGCCUGACCGUGUUGUUUGGACUCCACUUCGCAGGUCCGAUGGAUCAUAUGCGAGUGAUGAGUCGUUAGAUUCUCAAUCUACUGUUUCAGGCAUGGAUUUUUCUCAAGGAAGUGCUGGAGAUGUGAAAAUUGACAUGAUGAGUUCUAGGAGUGAAGUAAAAGGACUUGGAAGUGCUCGUAACAGUCAUUCAUCAUUGGACAAUGGAUCGCAUAAACAAUUUGGUCGCCGUGCUCCCUCUCAUAUCCCGAGGGAUUUGGAUGGAUCAUCUGCUGAAGUGAAGCCCUCUUCCAAGAGAGGUGGUGGUGCUUCUAUUCAUGGUUCUCAUGAGGUGCUUACACUAUUUUUUGGAAGCAAGUGUGGGUUCAGAAAUCAAGUACUGGUUCUUAGUUCUCCUUCUACAUGUGGAACAGAAAGUACCAUCUGGUGAAUUUUUUGAAUGAAGCAUGCAAAUCGAAUGCAUGGUUUGGAAGGCCGUCUCUUUUGCCAAUAUUGAAUGAGAAUGGAAUGAUGAGGUGCGGAAGGGAAGUUUAAGCAACGAAGGAUUGUUUUUACCGGAAAACCUAGAGUUCACAAAAAUGGGCAUCAAUGGUGCGUGCAAAUAUUGAUGUAAUUACAUACAUCGGUUGGCGGGCUCGAAGAAGUCUGCAUCCCGAUCCUUUAAAGUCGGGGUGAAUAGAGGAGAACUAAACAACAGAAAGUAAGGCGAGAAUGACACAAGGGAUGAACACGGACAUCAUCAUAGAUGGUAUACAUAAAGAUUACUGCUAGAGGUGGCCUGUAGAUGGGGUUUCCCUUUUCGAAAAUGGGUUCUACUCACCGGAGGAGGCUGUUAUACGACGACGACUAGUAUCCUCACUAUUCUUCCCUACUGACUUGAGAGGAAGUUGGGAAAGAAGUCUAGGGUUUUACAGGUGGAUUUCCCUUCCCUUGUUGGAAACUGUAUAUAUAAGUAGCAGUUAUCUCUGGAGAAGUGAGAAAAGGGUUUGUCUUUUCACCUAGCAUUCAGGAUUUGUUUGUUUGGUUGGUUGAUUGAUCAGACUCGAGUUUGCGCGACGGGGCCCUUGAUAUUUUGUAGGGCAAUUGCCUCUCCCUCUCCCUCACACACACACACACACAGCCCUUCAGGUUCUUGUUUGAAGAGAGUACUACAUUUGCCAUCUGCCUGUGGUUUGUAUUUGUGAUUUUCUUUUGUGCUGUGCACCUCAAGAGUAGAGCAACAAAGAGGAAAUUUGAUACGCGUUAUGGUCGUUUCUCAUACGAAGAGAAGUACUUGUGGUUUCGUUCUUAUUAC